AUGAAGCACGAAAGCAGCACGAGCACGGUAAAGCCCAUCUUAUUAUCUCUAGAUGUUGAGAGGCGUAUCGAAGAUCCCCAAGUUCGCAGGGUAUUAAAACUCUUCAUCAAACUUGGGCAAGCCGACAUCGUAGAAUGCCUAAACGAGAAAGUCAAGCAAGAUCCCGAGGAGUUUAAGAAAAUAUUAGAAGCUGUCUGCCUGUACCAAAUGCUUACCGACGAAGACCCCUUAUUUUGGGACUAUGAUCCUGAAGAAGACAAUUCCAUCACACCCGCCGAGAAGCAACUUAUAGAAAAGUUUAGGACGCGAUGGCCCACAGUGCGUGGCGCAAUUGAUACGAUCAAACGCAUCAUUAGGUGUUGUGUGAAAGAAGAAACAAUGAAAAAAAGGGGCCUGAGAUAUCACAUCUGGACUACUGUCACUAUAAGUCCUCGCGAAGACCCAUGGGACCGAAAUGACGUAACUAAAAGCCGUAAUUUUUUUGAAAACUUACGACCCCAGUACGUGAUAUAUUACCCAGGGCUGGUGAACCUCGCAUUUUUAAGCAGAGAACAAGCCGAUGAAGUGUUGUAUCAAGGAUCGAUAUUCUAUGGAAGAUGGAAACGCACCAAGGGUUUUCCCCAGGAAGUUGUGGAAGAAACACGUAAAGUUAUACUAAGUGGUGCCUUUGAAGGUGGCUACACCAAUUACGAUAAUAAAUUCUCGAGUGAAAAGCUUCCGGAAAAGCAGAGAGCUAUGCUUGCUGGUUUUGAUGCCCAUCAGCAUGCGUUGCUUCAUGCACCUCAAUUUUUUAAAGAGAAGGUAUCUUAUAUAAGCGGCUGGUACAAGUGCAAGAAUACCUGGACCCCAGGAAAUCCAAUUGGCAGCAUUCUAAAUGCGAGUGGGAUGAUGAUGAAUGGACUCAUAGGAAGUUACGAUUGGGUGAACAAGUGUGAUGAAGACAGCGCCGAGAAGGCAGUCAAAAAGUAUGGAAUUGGAUAUGUGCCCAGACCUUUGCCAGAGACUCCAUCUGAAGAUGCAGGAAAAGAUAAAAGAGGCGUGUUGCGGCAAUUAUUGCGAAAAGAACCAAAACAAGAUCCACCAACACGAAGUAAUCGUGAUCGUGGAAGUUCACGAACAAGAACUGAGAGUCAUGGAAAACAACGACAACGAGAGAGUGAUAGCAAGAAAGCAGAAGAGGAACCGCCAGCAAAGAAAUCGAGUAGUGGAAGUAAGAAACCAGCUGCUCAAGCUGUUCCAUCUUCGUCACGCACUGGUGAGCCGGGAGCCUCAUCCCGGCGCUAA